UUCCUCAAACUGCCCAAUGCUGUUUUUCACCAACUUGAAUUUAGAGCAAACAGGAGCGUGGAAGCAUUUAACUUUCUGCUGUUGCCGGUGCAUGGUAAGAACUGCAAAACUGAGUGCUGCUGCUAAUCUGUUCUCAGAACAAACCAGUUGAAGGAAUUUUCCCCCCUCCAUAAUUCAGUAAUAAUGACACAGCUGCAGUUUAAAGAUGCAUUUUGGUGCAAAGAAUUUACAGUCCACACUGGCUAUGAAGUGCUCAUACAGCGACUGUUGGAUGGGAGAAAGAUGUGCAAGGAUGUGGAAGACUUGUUCAAACAGAGGGCACAAGCAGAAGAGCGAUAUGGGAAAGAGCUGGUUCAGAUUGCCCGAAAAGCAGGAGGACACACGGAAAUCAACACACUGAAGGCAGCAUUUGAGGUCCUAAAACAAGAAAUUGAAAAUGUUGGAAACUCACAUAUUCAGCUGGCAGUAAUGCUGAGGGAUGAACUGAAAAGAAUAGAGGAGUUCAGAGAAAGACAGAAGGAGCAAAGAAAAAAGUAUGAGUCUGCAAUGGAUCGUGUGCAAAAGAGCAAGCUGUCCCUUUAUAAGAAAACUCAAGAGUCAAAAAAGACCUACGAGCAGAAGUGCAAGGACGCGGAUGAGGCUGAGCAAACCUCUGAGCGGAUAAGUGCUUCGGGCAACCAAAAGCAAACAGAAAAGAGUCAAAACAAAGCUAAGCAAUACAGAGAUUCGGCGAAUGAAGCAGAGAGGGUGUACAAGCAGAACAUAGAGCAGCUGGACAAGGCCAGGACUGAAUGGGAGCAGGAACAUAUCAAAACCUGCAAGGCCUUUCAACUCCAGGAGUGCGACCGUAUCACCAUCCUCCGGAACUCCCUAUGGGUUCACUGUAACCAAUUCUCCAUGCAGAGUGUGAAGGAUGAUGAGCUGUAUGAAGAGGUUCGGCUUAGCUUGGAAAACUGUACUGUAGAAUCAGACAUGGACUGCUUUAUUAAGAAUAAAAUGACAGGAACAGAGCCACCAGGUCCAAUAGGAUAUGAAAAUUAUUAUGACAGAGAACCUCCUAAAGGCAGCCCAACCCAGUCUUGUGGGAUGAUUAAAAAGCUCUACAGAUUCUCUGGAUUAUUGCAUGGAAAUAGCAAAAACACCAGUGAACCCAUCAUUCCCACAGCCCCUCCUCUUGCUGAGAAAACAGAUGGGGUCUAUGCAUCCAUUAAUGUGGGUGAACACGCAGCAGCCACAUCAUCACAGAACUACAGAGUGCUCUAUGACUACACAGCCCAGAACACUGAUGAACUGGAUAUCAAUGAAGGAGACAUCAUAGCAGUCAUUGAAGAAAGCGAGGAUGGCUGGUGGACAGCAGAGAGGAAUGGUCAACAAGGAUUUGUGCCAGGGUCCUACCUUGAAAAGCUUUGAUGAAAAGCUGCACUUGUUUCAAGGCUCUAGUUUAAAGAUACCUUAUUACUCAAAAUACUGGACAUGGCCAGCCAUGACUGACCAAGAGGAGCCCAUGACUUCUAAAAUCAUCAUUUGGGGGGCUAACAAAACGACAUUUUUUCUACAUCUUUCCCUCCACACUGAAGUAGUUUUUUCCCAGAGACGCAAGAGGGGGUUCUUUUUUUCGCAAAGUUCUCUUCUCUCUUCCCUCCUUCUCCCUCACUGCCACUGUGACUUACCUAUCAACAUUUUACAUUGAACAGAGUACUUCAAUGUUAGAAGCAUGGAGGAGAGAAAAGGGGAAGAAUCUACUUAACUGCACUAAAAGAUUACUUUCAAGAGUAGAAAAUGAGGACCAUUCCUCUGUAAUUUUGUGCCACCCUGAUUAGGUUUUUUAAUCACUUCCAUGGCCUUUUCCACCAAAUAGCAAUUUUCUUCUUCAAUGGUGUAAGCAACUUUAACAUCCUUGCUGACAGUGUGCCAUUUGGGGGGCAGAUACAUGUAUUUUAGUGGUUUGAAUAAAUACAGCUUUGUCAUACCUAGGUCUUGGCUGUACAACGCAAAAUGGAGGUUCAUCCAGUAGGCACAAAGGGACAAGGAUGGAGACUCCUUAGUUAUUCUGAACUUAUUUAUUCUUUACCCAUAAUUAUUGUCAAAGAGAAAUGAUAGAACUGAUAGAAAAUCAUAAACCCAAGACGUAGCUCUAAAAACCAUUCUGACAUGAAGAAAAUAUAUGCCCUUACCAAUCAUCACCAACUCCUCCUAUGAUUUGUUAAACCCCAAGUCUUCCACAACCCCAACUUUGCAUUGGAUCCAAAAGCAAUGAGGUGAUAUUAGAUAACUGAGACCGAGUGUGGCCUUUUCUCUCUUUGAUGGAUUGUGUCAGACCUUAUCAGUUCUUUCAUGCACCUUAUAGACUAAUUGAAUCAAAGAUGCAUUAGCUUUGCGAGCAACAGCUUACCCUGUCAGAUGCCACUUAUGAAGUGAGCUGUUGCUCACAAAAGCUUAUUCAUCUCUGAUUCAGCUAGUCUGUAUCAGUGAGUUUCAACCAGGGUGCUGUGGCACCCUGGGAUAUCUUGGGAUCCUUUCAAAGGUGCUGCAGUAUGCUGCACAAUGUUAGCAUUGUUAGGUGGGCAACCAUGAUUCAAAAGAUAAACCCAUAAUUUUCACAUUGCAAACCCUAGUGUUAAAAACAUUCUGACCUAUUUUGAUCUUUCUGAGUUCUUUGCAACAGAAGAAUUGCUCUUUUUUAUUAUAGAAAAAUAAUAGAGUGAAAGCUAAGAGCGGGCAUUUGCAGAGGGGUGUGUCAAGUCUAAAACAGUUGAGAACCACUGGUUUAUAUGGUGCAUCCCCCACCCUACCUUCUGCCUAGGACAGCUCUCUUUCAUCAUCUUCCACGUUUAAAAAUAAAAUACGUGAAGCCUUUCACUGUAGCAGCACCACCCAAAAUAGCUGAGCUCUAAUUUGAAGCUGUCAAUCACAUCCUAGACUCCCAAGCAACUGGCACAUAUAAAACGAAUCCCCCAUCCCAUCUUCCAGCCUGCCUGAUCUUCUCUUUCUCCCUUUCAAGAUCUGACCUCCUCAAAAAUCUCUGAGAUCCUUGUCAUAGAUCUGUCCUGGUUCCUUUUACCUCCCCCACAUUGCGUUCUCACAUUAACAAAGCUCUCUUAAGCAAAUCUGAGCAUUUUGCAUGCAAAAGCUUGACUUCUCCACAGGUCAGAGCAUUUCUAGUCUCUCAAGUGACUGGUAUUUGGGAAUCCUUCUCAAAAAAUCAUAGUAUUUACCCAACAGACCAUAUGAUCUCCCUUUAGCAUUUAGAGACAACAAAACCCUUCAGGGAUUUGCUUAAAGAAAACUAUUUACUGGGGACAGAAUGAACUUACUGUUUUCCAAAAUCUCAGAUUUAAACUGAAGCAAACCCACAGUUAAGAAGCUCAGAUGAUCACUAGAAAUAGAUAAAGUGAGGAGACACAUUCAGCUUGGAGUCAAGAUCUUAAAGCCAAAAAGAAAUCUAUAUGAAAAUGCAACAACAAUCACUGGGACUGUUUCACAAACUCAUCAGGGGAGAUCAACAGCAAAUAGGCAGAGCCCUUUUCUCCCCAGCACCAUCUGGGGUGACGAGGAACAAUGGUAAUAAGCUGA